AUGACCUCAAGCAGCAUCCCUAAUGUUCUGGUCCUGUCGCUUGAUCAAUCUACCGAAAAACUACAGCCCAAGCGUUUGCGGGUCCCAAGAGCUUGCGAUGUUUGUCGAGCAAGGAAGGUAAGAUGCGAUGGAAGACGUCCUUGCAUUCACUGCACCGUUUAUUCUCAUAACUGUACUUAUAGCCCUAUUGCAAGAGUAUCCAGGAAAGGGCGCACUUCAACUCCUAUUACACACUUUGCUGAGCCUAGUAUAGCCAACGCGGUACCUACCAAGAAGCCAAAUGUUUUCUCCCAAAAUCAGAAUUUGGACUCAACGGGUGCUAACUACAAACGGGUUUUAAAUGCCUUAUUUCCAAACUUGAAAGAGCCGAUAGAUGAAGCGUCAACUGACAGGCUCAUCGAACUUAUCGAGCGUAGUAAUUUCCAGGGCCUUUUGGACAUCAGAUCGAUAGAGUCCAAAUUCCUCGAACAACAGCAAACAGGCGAGCAGCCGAAAACCGAUAGCCCAUUCGACGAAGAUGAGCUUACAGUGUGUCCUGUUGAGAUGAAAAUUGUGCUUCCACCACUAGACAUGGCUAAAACUUUGGUCUACAAAAGCUGGCGAUGCGCGUGUGUCUUGUUCCGUUUCAACCACCGUCCCACUUUGAUAAAAGUGCUUGAAAGCCUUUACGCUACUGCUCCCGAGGACUACAGCAACGAGCAGAAUAACGCACUUCCGUUAAUAUACUCCAUUCUGGCUGUGGGUGCUCUCUUUACCAAAGAUGACUUCAGCCACGACAAAGCUAUUCAGAAUUUUUUUCACCAGGAAGGAUACAAAUACUUUACUGCCGCUAGCAAGCUUAUAGAUAUUACCAAUGUGUCCGACGUUUGUGCUAUUCAAACUAUUUUUAUGAUGACAAUUUUCUUGCAGUGCUCUGCUAAAUUGACAACCUGUUAUUCUCUGAUCGGGAUCGCUCUGAGAGCGGCUUUACGAGUUGGGUUGCAUAGAAAAUCUAGUCUUGCACAAUGCUCUUUGAUAGAGGCGGAAGUGAGGAAGCGGCUUUUUUGGACCAUCUAUAAGAUGGAUGUCUAUGUUAACGUCAUAAUGGGACUUCCCGUCACCAUUGCGGAUAGUGACAUUGAUCAAGAAUUGCCUGCAAGCUUUCAUGAUGACGAUAUGACGGAUGAUGGUAUUAAGAUAAAUCCAUGGAGUUAUCAAAUAAGUAGCUGCGCCCUGAGCAAUGAACAUACAAAACUCACCAGGAUUACAAAACGAAUCUAUGAUGAGACUCGAUCCCAUAAAUCAUCGAGAUCACUACCGACAAAUGAGGCUAUUUAUGCUCUGGAAUAUGAUCUGAACCAAUGGCGGCUGUCCCUUCCGCCGCAACUGGUGCCGGGUUAUGAAUUUGUGGAUAUUGAAGAAACCAAAGCAUAUAGGCUAGCCAAUUACUUUCUGGACUUUGACUAUCUUCAUGCUUCAAUUAUGCUCUACAGACCUUUUAUCGAUACUCUGUUUAUGAGUCCUGACCAAGUGGCAUCUAGAAAGACUGAAUUGGACUUUGGAGUUAAGUGUCUGAAGACAGCCCAGCAAGUAGUGGUUGCAGCAGGCAAAAUGUGUGGUCAAAAGAUUUUAUGUGGGAGCUACUGGUUCUCUGUCCACACUAUCUUUCUGGGGGUGACCAACUUGAUGUACAUCGUUCACCAGGUUCAACUAAAGGAAAUAAGCAUUUUCAGUAAUACCACUUUGAAAGAAGUACUGAGAGAUUUGAAAAAGGGUAUUGACCUUCUACAGGAAUUGAGGAGCUGUUCGGUAACAAGCGAACGAACAUUCAGCGUUUUGAACAAACUUUUUGAAAAAUUUAACAGCCGGUCUCUCGAUGGCUCUGUUCAGCAGUUCAACAAUCUAAACAUUGGCGAAACAUCAAACCUUGGAGAUAAUCACUCCCUCAAUCCCCAUGAAUUGGAGAAUUAUGUUGCAUCAAGUGAUCAAUAUCAGAAUAUGGAUCACACCAUUACUACGAAGCUCGAGGCUCCGAAAGUACCCGCGCAAGUACCACUUGCACAUCCAGAAAGCAACACAUUUGAUCACACCCUAGUGAAUGGCUCGAAACGUAUACCGUUAGCUUCCUUCUUUGAGGAUUCAUACCUUACUGGGAUGCACGAGCAGUUAGAUUUUCUAUUUGGGUCUGAUUGCUUAGACUAA